AUGGUUGGUAUAAAUAAACCCACGCGAUUCGUUGGUGGCGAUUUGGAAGGCAAUAGAUAUUACGAGUGGGCCAAUCCAAACAACGCUUCGAGGACGCGGCGAAGCGUAAAAUACUACAAGGAAGACGACAUGUGGCUAUAUGUUGGUGGUCAGAAGAGAUUGGCUGUUCAGUGGUCGUCUUGGCUCAGCCAUACGCGAGCGCAUCCGCCAACUAUCGAGGAGCUACAAGCUGACGUUCUGCGCCAGCAGAAGGUGCAACAUAAUGCGGCAUUAAUUGAGGCUAAGGAACAGCACGAGCGUCAGGAGGCGUUACGGAUAGGCGGCGGUGUACCGCCUGCAAUCAGCGACAGCGACCACAGGGCUGAACCUUACGCAAGCCACGAAGCGUUCAAUCCGCAGCGCCUCACAGCUAAUGAGUCGAACCGCACAACGUCCAACACGCCCCUUGGCCGUGGAAAUGAUCUUUCCCCACCUGACCCUAGGCCCAACGAUGCUCGACACGUAGACGAUACAAUUCCAUGGACGCCUCAGUCUAAAAGAUCCAGAAUUUAA